UCAUUUUUUUCUCACACACACUAUAUUGCCAAAAGUAUUGGGACACCCCUACAAAUCAUUGGAUUUAGGUGUUCCAAUCACCUCCAUGGUCACCUAGGCAUGCAGACUGCUUCUACAAACAUUUGUGAAAGAAUGGGUCACUCUCAGGAGCUCAGUGAAUUCAAACAUGGUAGCAUGAUAGGUUGCCACCUGUGCAAUAAGUCCAUCCAUGAAAUUUCCUUGCUACUAAAUAUUCCACGGUCAACUGUUAGUGGUAUUCUAACAAAAUUGAAGCAACUGGGAACAACAGCAUCUCAGCCACAAUGUGGUAGGCCACGUAAAAUGACAGAGCGGGGUCAGAGCAUGCUGAAGCGCACAGUGUGCAGAAGUCGCCAACUGUCUGCAGAG